AUGUCUUUUGCACCUUCUUUGCGUCUCUGUGCGCGGCGUGUUGCUGCUUCACCUGCUAUUCGCCCCCGAUUCACCUUCACUGCUGCGCGAAAGCUUCACAAUGUCCCUCCCCGUCAGGACAAACCUGGAAAAUAUGCCCAGACCGAUCCCCAGAUCGAGGUUGAGUACCCCGAAGAUCAUGAGCUCCCUAGUAGUGAGCCCGUCUCGGGCGCUGGUGGCCAGUAUGUGAAACCAACUCUGCCCACCUUCACACUCGAUGGUCAUGUAGGCAUCGUCACCGGUGGUGCGCGCGGGCUGGGUCUUGUUAUGGGCCAAGGGAUGGUCUUUUCUGGAUCCAAUCUUGCUCUUGUUGACAUGAAUAAGGAGGAGGCGGAGAAGCAGACUAGCUUGAUCAUUGAAGAGUUCAAAAAGGAGAACCCUCGAGCUCGACGAAUCCCAAAGGUCACUGCCCACUAUGCCGAUGUAUCUGAUCCCGAAUCCGUGGAGGCUUGUGUCGCCGAGGUCGUUAAGGAACACGGAAAGGUCGACAACCUGGUCACUUCAGCUGGCUUCACGGAAAACUUCGAGGCCGUUAACUACCCCAUCGACCGUCUCCGCAAGCUUUGGGCUGUCAACGUUGAUGGUACUUAUCUCUUUGCAACCUCAGUCGCCAGGCACCUGAUGGAGAGAAAGGCGCCUGGUAGUAUCGUAAUGAUUGGUAGCAUGUCUGGAUCCAUUGUCAACGUUCCACAGCCCCAAGCUCCCUACAAUGCCGCCAAGGCUGGUGUGCGCCAUCUCGCUGCUUCCUUGGCGGUUGAGUGGGCCCAGGCAAACAUCAGAGUCAACUGUAUCUCUCCUGGUUACAUGUUGACUGCACUUACUCAGAAGAUUCUUGACGACAACCCAGAUCUCAAGGCAAAAUGGACUUCACUUAUUCCCCAGGGCAAAAUGGGACAACCCCAGGAUCUUAUGGGGCCCGUGGCAUUCCUUCUCUCGGAUGCUUCUUCGUAUGUGACUGGUGCCGACAUCCGAGUCGAUGGCGGUUAUACCGUUACCUAG